CUGUGUAUAAGGCUGUGACCUGGCUAAUGAGUGCACUUUCCUGAGCAGGCCUGGAAGCAGAGGAGUGGCAGGGUCAGGCGGGCUGCAGAGAAGAAAGGAUGCAGAGCAGGGCUGGUCUGGUUGUCUGUGCCCUCUUCCUCUUCACAGGCUUCCUGAUGAUUUGCUUGGGGGGCUUCUUCAUCUCCAACUCCAUAUUCCACUCGCAGAGGAAUCUGGUCGUGGCCUACGUGCUUCUGCCUAUGGGGUUUGUGGUCCUCCUGAGUGGAAUUUUCUGGGGCACCUACCGCCAAGCAAACGAAAACAAAGAGAUGUUCAGCCACGUGCUCAGGCGGCACCUUGCUUCCCAGGACCUGCCCCUGGCCACAAUAGACAGGCCUGACUUCUACCCCCCGGCUUAUGAAGAAAGCCUGGAUGCUGAGAAACAGGACUGCCCUACAGGCAGAGGGCUCCUAGGAUUUCCUCCUCCUCUGUAUACAGAGACAAGCCUUGAACUUGAAGAUGAAAAUGACCCACAACCAGAGGCUCCACCACCCUACCAAGAAAGCAUAACGGUUACAGCAAAGGCAUGGGACGCUGUGGGACCAAGCACAGCGCUCAGGGCAGGGACUGCUCUCCAGCACUCAGAACUCACCAGCUCCAGAGAAGAGAGGCUGGCCAGGGACUGGGAGGCUGCUCUGCCUGCUCUACCCUGCACUGAACCAAGGCCAGCGUGGGUUUCGGGGACUCAUGUUUAGGCACCAGGAGGAAGUGGGUGCAGAGAAUUCCCACAAUGCCCAAGCUAGAAUCUUAGACCACAGAGAAGAUGUAUGGCCAGGCCUUCUACCUCCCUCCUUACCUCAUCACCUGAGCCCAGCCUAGGGGUGCAGCUUGUCGUUGGUAGGAAUGCCACAGCCCUUCACCCACUCUGUCUGAAGAACCAAAGGUGAGAGAUCCUGGGAGGCAGCCUUGGUGUCACCGACCGACCGUGCUAUCUGAGUGACACCAGAGCUCACACACAGCGUGGGAGUUGUCCUAGGAACGAACGAGUGUUAUUUUGUACCAUUUUAUUUUAAAUAUGUAUGUUUUUUUCUACAUAAAGGAGAAGAGACUGCAAUAUUUUGCUUUCAGAUGGUUCAAACACAAAAUGUUGGGUUAUUUCUUAAAGAGGUCCUCAGUCAAGCACAUAGGGGCUUUUACAGAUUCAAGCUGACUAGAUAGAAUACUUAAUUCGUUACACAGGGCAUCAAGGGUGAUGUUAAUAUACAACAUUGUUAAAAAUCUUGUGAUGUUUAGAAAAUGUGUAUAUGCACUUUCAAGACAACCCCCCCCAAAAAAAAAAAUCAGAACGUAAGCAAUUAAAACCUGUAAGGCCAUGUCUCCAUUACCAGGA